AUGAAGCUUAACACCCGGCCAGUCAUUCUCGUGGGCCUCUUGGCCCCCCUCGCAUUCACCGCGCCCGUCGAGUUCAAAGCCGAUGCUAACGCUGGCGCGCAUACUUCGCUCACCUCGCGGGCGGAUCCAUGUACUCCGUCGCUGACGGACACAUAUGUAUUCAAAGACUCCAUGAAGACAUUCCUGAAGCACCGCAACGCCAAAGACCCAUCAUGCUUCGACUGGAGCUCCGAUAACUGCAGCAGCUCACCGGACAAGCCCAUCGGCUUCAACUUCAUUCCGUCAUGCCAGCGCCAUGACUUCGGUUACCGCAAUGCGAAAAAGCAGAACCGUUUCGACGAGGCAUUACGGAAGCGGAUUGACGAUCAGUUCAAGAGCGAUCUGUACGAGGAGUGUAGUCAAUACGAUGGGUCAAAGAGCUGGAAGGGUGUGCAUUGUAGGAGGAUUGCAGAUCUGUACUACGCAGCUGUGCGCAGGUGCGGAGAUGGAAACUGUCUCGACGAGGCUUAG